AUGAGCAGUUCAGCAAUUGUUGACCUCAUCGCCCUGAUGCCUACCAGCAAAGAACAAUCUACUCCAGAAGUCAUAGAAAAUGUAGGCAGUCCCCAGGAAGCAGUGGACCUCAUGGAGUCUCCUUCGGUGGCCACCCAGCAAAGAAUGAGCAGUGCAACUCCUGAGUGCUCCCCGGAGGGACACCGCGUCCUCCGCAAUCCCUACCGCAGCACCAGGUUUGACUCGCUGGAGCUGCAGCGAACGGCGAUUCAGGACCUGGUUUGUGACCACUCCUUGCCACCCGCAUGGUACCGUUUCAUGAUUGGCAACAGACCCGCGGAAAUGCCAACGAGAUGUAUUGAGAUGAAUAAAUGCGGGACGCAAGCUCCGGUGUGGCUGUCGCUGAAGUCUGAAUCCCUGCCGGUACCUGGUGAGAGCAAGAGGCUCACGGCCUGCGCUACCUGGCAGGUCUUCUUCGGGGGCACCAAGGACUGCUGCUUGUUUCGGAUACCCAUCGCCGUCAGGAAUUGCGGCGACUUUUUUGUGUAUCUCCUGCAGCCUACUCAAGGAUGCAUGGGCUACUGCGCGGAAGACAAACUCACACGCCUGGCUUUGCAACCAGCGAUAACUCCUGAGCUUGUGCAAGGUCGUGUCCACCUGAAGUGCACUUACAGCCGCCCCUCCUCCAAGCUGCCGCUGCAAUAUGUGGUGGUCUGGUCGCGCCUGUCCACCCCUGGCACGAAAGAGCAGAUUCAGCAUGACACCACCCUGCAGCCAUUUUCCUACGUCGAGAUGAACGGCGUAAAUCUCAGAUUGGGAGACACGGUGGAGACCAGUGACGAGUGGCUUUCCUCAGAGGUCAGCAUUGGGAUGGACACUGUUUAA